ACAUAACCUUAAACUGAAGUGACGUGUCUAUGAUAUGGACGUGUCUGUUUCGUGUAUAUUCUACAAAAUUUGAAAGAAAUAAUAGAAAAAAAUGGAUUUUUUAUACAAAAUACCGUUCUUCGUUUUAGAAGUUCCGAACCUAAAGUUAAAAAAACCCGCAUGGUUUCAUCAACCGAGUGCAAUGGUUGUUUUUUCGUUCGUGCUUCUUUCCUACUUUUUUGUUGUAGGAGGAAUUAUUUAUGAUGUGAUUCUCGAACCUCCAAGUGUUGGCUCCACUACUGACGAACAUGGACAUAGCCGUCCGGUUGCAUUUAUGCCCUACAGAGUAAAUGGGCAAUAUAUUAUGGAAGGAUUGGCAUCUAGUUUUCUAUUUACUCUAGGAGGUUUAGGAUUUAUUGUCCUGGAUCAAACUCACAGUCCUUCCACCCCAAAAUUAAAUAGAAUUCUUCUCAUAAGUGUUGGAUUCAUUAGCAUUAUCGUCUCGUUCAUCACAUGUUGGAUUUUCAUGCGAAUGAAGCUUCCAGGAUAUUUGCAAUCAUAAUCGCCACCAACUUGCCAGAUUUUUUACUACAUUUGAUACAAAAAAGUGAAUGCAUCUUCCAAAUGUCAAUAGAGUCAAGAAACUAUCCUUCGUGUGUACAGUCAUUUAUUCUAAAAUACAAGAACGAUCAUUACAAUUAAAAAAAAAAAA